AUGGCUUCUCCAUCCCAUCCCGAGGCCAAGGCCUCCCUCCGCCAGAGAGGCUCCAACGCCCUCAAAUGGGCCAUCGGUUACAAUGACACCGAGAUCAACCGUCUCGGCGUUCCCGUCGUCAGCAGUCGAGACUGGCUCGGCAACGUCUUCGGUCAUCCUGGCUCCAAGGCGGCCGACUACUUCGACAGCCUCUUCCCCUUCCGCAGAUGGAUUGGCUCGUACAACACCCAGUGGCUCAUUGGCGACCUCAUCGCCGGUAUCACUGUCGCCCUCGUUGUCGUUCCCCAGUCCAUGUCCUACGCUAAGCUCGCCGGUCUCAAACCCGAAUUCGGUCUCUACUCGUCCUUUGUCGGUGUCAUGAUCUACGCCAUCUUUGCCACCUCCAAGGAUGUCACCAUCGGUCCCGUCGCAGUCAUGUCGCUCCAGACCUUCAACGUCAUCCAGCACGUCAUGCACAAGACCAAUGCCUGGUCCGCCGAAGUCAUCGCCAUCGCGCUCGCUUUCCUGUGCGGUGUCAUCUGCCUCGGUAUCGGUCUGCUCCGCAUCGGUUUCAUCAUCGAGUUCAUCCCCACGCCUGCCGUUGCCGGUUUCAUGACGGGUUCCGCCUUCCAGAUCGCCGCCGGCCAGGUGCCCAAGCUCCUCGGCCUCAGCAAGGUCAACACCAACGGCAACCCCGCCUACAAGAUCGUCAUCGACACGCUCAAGGCGCUGCCCCAGACCAACAUCAACGCUGCUUUCGGUCUGCCUGCCCUCUUCUUCCUCUACUUUAUCAAGUGGUUCUGCGGCUGGCUCCCUAAACGCUACCCUCGCACCGCCCGCACCAUGUUCUUUGUUUCGGUGCUGCGUAACGCUUUCGUCAUCAUCGUCUUUACCGUCGCGUCGCGCAUCUGGUUGGGCCAUUACAAGAACCCCAAGAAAUAUCCCAUCAGCGUCCUCCUCACCGUGCCUCGUGGCUUCAAGCACAUUGGCCAGCCCGUCCUCAACACUUCGCUACUUAGCGACAUCGCUCCGCAGCUUCCCGUCUCGGUGGUCAUCUUGCUCCUCGAGCACAUCGCCAUCGCCAAGUCGUUCGGUCGUCUCAACAACUACAAGAUCAACCCUAACCAGGAGUUGAUCGCCAUCGGUGUCACCAACCUCGUCGGCCCUUGCUUCGGUGCCUACGCCGCCACCGGUUCCUUCUCGCGUACCGCCAUCAAGUCCAAGUCUGGUGUGCGCACGCCGUUGGCUGGUUGGUUCACAGGUAUCCUCGUGCUCAUCGCCAUCUACGCGCUCAGCGGUACCUUCUACUGGAUCCCCAACGCCGUGCUGUCCGCCGUCAUCAUCCACGCCGUCACCGAUCUGCUGGUGCCCUUCUCGGUCUCGUACAAGUUCUGGCUCAUCAGCCCCUUCGAGCUGAUCAUCUUCCUCGGCGCCGUGUUUGCCACCGUCUUCUCCAACACCGAGAACGGUGUCUACGUCUCGGUCGCAGCUUCGUUGGUCUUGCUGCUCAUCCGCAUCGCUCGCCCGCGUGGUCGAUGGCUCGGUCUGGUCCGCGUUAGCCACGGCACCACCGACCCUCACUCGUCCGCACUCACGCUCUCGCACCGCGACGUGUUUGUGCCGCUCGACGACAAGGAUGGCCUUCGCGACCCUUCGAUCCACGUCGAACCUCCCCCGCCUGGUGUUUUGAUCUAUCGAUUCGAGGAGGCUUUCACCUACCCGAACGCAUCGAGCAUCGCCGACCUUCUGAUCGACAGGGUCAAGGAGCAGACCCGUCCCGGCAAGCCCUCGGCCAACAACAGGCUCGGCGACCGCCCCUGGAACGACCCUGGCCCGCCGAACCCGGCUCUCGUCAAGGCUUUCCGUGCUGCCACCUGCCGCGGACGCAAGGACGAUCUCGUCGAUGCCGACCUCGCCGCUCACGCCGUUGACAGGCGUCCCAUCCUUCGCGCCAUCAUCUUCGACUUUAGCUCGGUCAGCAACGUCGACACCACGUCGGUGCAGACGCUCGUCGACGUUCGAACCGCCGUCGAACGAUAUGCCGAUGCCAAGGUCGAAUUCCACUUUGCCAACGUCCUCUCUCCAUGGAUCCGACGUGGUCUUCUCGCCGGUGGUUUCGGUCUUGGCUUCCCCUCGAAGCGCAUCACCGAGAUCGCACCUGUCGUAUCUCAGCCGCAGCACUCGGUGCUUUCGGCCAACGAGCUUCGCGCGCGUGAAGAGGCGGAAGCCGAACGUCGUGCCAAAGCCAUCGAGCGUAUGAGCCACAAGUCGGCCAACGAGGGUUCGGCGUAUCCGUUCAAGGGACGACCGAACAAGCAGCUGACCGAGCUCGAGGCCGGUCUUGCUGGCGAUGGCGCGGCUGCUAGUCGAAGCCGCGUCGAUCUGCACGACGAGGACGACGAUGAUGCGGAUAGGAUUCGCAAGGUCACGAUCGGCGAAGCGUUGUACGAUGUGCACACGUUGGAUCAGAACAAGGGAGAGGAGAGCUCGAGCAGCGGCAACACGCCCUCGAGGGACAGCGUAGAGAAGGAUCUCGAGGGAGGUGUGGCCGAUCAACGCAGGGCAUCGGAACCGAGCAGUAUCGGUGUUCCCAUCAUCUGGGGCAACGAUCUCACUCCGUUCUUCCACCUGGAUCUCUCGGCUGCUCUUGCCGCUGCCACCGAGGGUCUCGGUGAGGAUUCACAGAUCUCUUCGAGCCUUGACAAGGAUGUAUGA